GUACCACUUCCGGUUAAGAAAGGUGAGAGGGCAUAGGCCUGCUUUCCAGAUGGAGUGAGUUAUAGUCUACUGUCACAGAGUCGCUGUGCAUGACCACCCGACAACGUUCUGUGUCGCGAAACAGGGGUUUUAAAGACGAGGCACAUGUCAGCUUGACCAUGAGUAGAGGAAAAGACGCCGCGAUGGUGCGGAACCCUCGGAGGGAUAAGUCUGAAGUCAGCUGCUGUAUCAAAUAUUUGAUGUUUGGAUUCAAUGUUUUGUUUUGGUUGAUCGGAGCGACAGUGUUGGCCAUCGGACUGUGGGCAUGGACGGAAAAAGACAUGUUCAACAAUAUCAACAAAAUGACCAACAUCACCCUUGACCCCGCACUAUUCUUCAUCCUGAUCGGUCUGGUCAUAUUUAUCAUCGGGUUCUCCGGCUGUGUCGGCGCUCUCAGGGAAAACACAUGUCUGCUCACUUUUUUCUGUGUGUUGGUGGGCCUGAUAUUCUGUGUGGAGCUGUUGAUUGGGAUCCUGGGGUUUGUCUACAAAGACUGGGUUCGGGGUGAGAUAGAAAUGCAGGUGAGGACCAUGAUUGUGAACUACCGUGAGGAUAUUGAUCUCCAGAACCUGAUCGACUGGGUACAGGAGGACUGGUUGUUGUGUUGUGGAAUGACCGACUACAGAGACUGGGAACGUAACCGAUACUUCAACUGUUCGUCCCCGGGGGCCGAGGCUUGUGGAGUACCAUUUUCCUGUUGUAAGCCUACAGAUGAAGUUAUACAGAAUCGACACUGUGGCUUUGAUAUUGCCAAACCGACACAUGAUAACAUCAGGAGUCAGACAAUAUAUACAGACGGCUGUAUACCUCAGGGCGAGAAGUGGAUGGAACUGAAUCUCAUCCCUGUAGCCUCAGUACUGGUCGGCAUGGCUGUCCUACAGAUACUGGGGAUUUGUUUUGCUCACAACCUCAAAAGUGAUAUAUUGGCACAGAAGGCCAAAUGGAGAUAUCCUUAGCAGCAGAAUCAGGGGUCAAACAGCGAGUACAAUGUCAAGGAUAAAUUCAAUGACAGAAGACAACAGUGUUAAGGAGACAUCACAAUUUCAAGGACACACCACUAUAUACAGAAAAGAAUGUCAAGGACACACCACUAUAUACAGAAAAUAAUGUCAAGGACACACCACUAUAUACAGAAAAUAAUGUCAAGGACACACCACUAUAUACAGAAGACAAUGUCAAGGACACACCACUAUUUACAGAAGACAAUGUAAAGAACACACCACUAUUUACAGAAAAUAAUGAAAGGACACACCACUAUAUACAGGAAAUAAUGUCAAGGACACAUACUAUUUACAGGAAAUAAUGUCAAGGACACACCACUAUUUACAGGAAAUAAUGUCAAGGAUACACCACUAUUUACCGAAAAUAAUGUCAAGGACACACCACUAUUUACAGGAAAUAAUGUCAAGGUCACACCACUAUUUACAGGAAAUAACGUCAAGGAUACACCACUAUUUACCGAAAAUAAUGUCAAGGACACACCACUAUUUACAGGAAAUAAUGUCAAGGACACACCACUAUAUGCAGAAGGACAACACAUUAUUGCUGACAGAAAGCAGAGUCAAGGACAUGACAUUGCUUUAAUACAGAAAACCAUGUCAAGGUCAAACUGGUUUGUUUACAGAAAAAAACAUAGUCAAGGACACAUCACAAUUAACAGAAACAAUGUCAAGGUUACACUGACUUGUUUACAGAAAAACAAUGUCAAGGACACACAUAUCUAUUAACAAAAUCAAUGUCAAGGUCACACUGACUUGUUUACAGAAAAACAAUGUCAAGGACACACAACUAUUAACAAAAUCAAUGUCAAGGUCACAUAGAACUGGUUACAGAAUACAAUGUCAAGAACAUGUCACUGCUAACAACGACUUUCUGGAUAUUCUCGCAAAACAAUAUGAUGUUUUGUCCUGAUUAUAUCACAGGAUACUGUACAAUGUGUAUGGCACUGUUAACAUGUUUUGUUUGAACUCAUGACAAAGAAAUCAAUUUUAUUGUACAUAUUUAUAUGAAUGAUAUUUUUGAUGUUGUGAUUGCAAAGGAUGCUUAAGCUACGUGAAUGUAUCAAGUGAUUUUUGUUUUGUUUUAUGCACAAAGUAAAUAACAGGUUGUAUUUGUGUGACAACACUUGGCCGUUUUUCUAUAUAUGUACAUACCUUUAUACUUUUGAAAUAAGACUGUAGGGCGAGUAACCUACAGAACUGAAACAUUCAUCACACUCUUGUCCAUCCAUCAUGGCUGAAACUGAGGCAAUGAUGAUUUAAACGUUAAAAAUUGAUUGUAGAGGAAACACAUAGUUUUUGUUUAUAUAACUUCUUGAAUAAUUAUGUAUCAAAAUUUAUAUAAGAUUUUUAUUUAUCUUGCCAUUUUAAAGACUGCUCUGUAUUCAAGUACAUCUAAUUUGUCAAAUUGAUCUUUCUAUACCUGGUGAUGUGUAUUGGAAAUCUUUACUGAAAGUUUUUAUUAGAAUCUUAAAUUUUAGAAAGUCUUUUACAUUAUUUUUGCUAAUAAACUAUCUUUUUAAAGAAAAUCUUUCACUGGUGAUCACCAUAGCAACAGUGUUGUGAAACAGUAACUAUUGGAUCACCAUAGCAACAAUGUUGUGAAACAGUUUACAAUGGGAUCACCGUGACAACAGUGUUAUGAAACAGUUACCUUGGCAUCACCCUGGCAACAGUGUUGUGAUACAGUAACCAUGGGAUCACCAUAGCAACAGCGAUAGGAAAUCAUUACCAUGACAUCCCCAUAGCAACGAUGUUGUGAAAUCGUUACAUGUGAUCACCAUUGCAACAUUGUUGGGAAACACCAUGGCAACUGUUGUGAAACUGAGCUGUUACCAUUGGAUCACCAUAACAAGGUGUUGUGAGUUACCAUGAGAUAUU